GCAAAAUUCUUUCUUGAGAAAUUGCUCUUUGUGAAGAAGCUAUUUUUCUUAAUUUUUUACAAUUUUGAUUAAAAACAAUUACAUUAAGGUGCUUAAUUGUUACCCAGAAAUGAUUUAACAUUUAGAUAAAAACAGAUGCAUUGGACCUUUAGAAAAUAAUGGUGACAUUCUGCGGCAGACACAAAAUGUAUAUUGGAACUUUAGGCCUCCUUGUGAAUCCUUCAAUGUUUUCCUCCAGUCAGUGAAGAACCAUCAGUCACACCCAGCCCUCUUUGUAUCAGCAAAAAAACAUAUGGAACUCCAAAAGCUAUCAAAUGGUCACCACCAUGGCUUCGUCCCUUUGGAAAAUGGUAUCCUGCGGGCGGAAGAGGAAGAGAUGUUACCACAUAAGAGUGAUGGGACCAAGAAGCCCCAGUUUACAGAUUUUGAGGGGAAAACCUCUUUCGGAAUGUCCGUCUUUAACCUCAGUAACGCCAUAAUGGGGAGUGGAAUUCUGGGACUGUCGUACGCCAUGUCAAACACAGGCAUCGUUCUCUUUAUAAUCCUAUUGACAUGUAUCGCCUGCCUGUCCAGCUACUCGGUUCACCUCCUGCUUAAGAGUGCUGGAGUUGUGGGUAUUCGUGCGUAUGAACAGCUAGGCUUCCGGGCUUUUGGACACCCAGGAAAAAUAGCAGCGGGUGUCAUUAUAACCUUUCACAACAUUGGUGCAAUGUCCAGUUACCUCUUCAUUGUGAAGUAUGAGUUACCUCUGGUCAUUCAAGCCUUCCUGGGCUUGUCAUCAAACACUGGAGAUUGGUUCCUGAAUGGGAAUUACCUCAUCAUCAUCGUCAGUGUGUGCGUCAUCCUCCCACUUGCCCUGAUGAGACAACUGGGGUAUUUGGGUUACACCAGUGGCUUCUCCCUCACCUGCAUGGUCUUUUUCCUUUCCUCGGUCAUAUACAAGAAGUUCAACAUCCCCUGCCCCCUGAUGCCAAAUGGCAGCAAUCACACAACAAUUAUCAACACCACCAUGGAAGAGGAGGGACAGUGCAAAGGAAAAAUGUUCACCAUAAACCAGGAGACGGCGUAUACCAUCCCCAUCUUGGCGUUCGCCUUUGUUUGUCACCCUGAGGUGCUUCCCAUUUACACUGAACUCAAAAACGCAACCAAGAGGCGCAUGCAAGGGAUUGCUAAUGUGUCCAUCAUGGGCAUGUUCGUCAUGUACCUCCUCACUGCCAUCUUUGGUUACCUCACCUUCUACGUGAACACGGAAUCUGAGCUCCUGCACACCUACAGCAAAGUGGACCCUCUGGACACCCUGAUCCUGUGUGUGCGUGUUGCCGUGCUGGUGGCAGUCACCCUUACUGUCCCUGUGGUCCUCUUUCCUAUUCGCAGAGCCAUUCUCCAGCUCCUGUUCCCAGAGAAACCCUUCCACUGGGCACGCCACAUCACCAUCGCCCUGUGUCUCCUCUUCGUGGUCAACGUUCUUGUAAUCAUUGUGCCCAAUAUCCGAGAUAUCUUUGGCAUCAUUGGGGCCACCACUGCACCUAGUCUGAUCUUCAUCCUCCCAGGAUUAUUCUACCUCCGCAUUGUUCCCACCGAACAAGAACCAAUGAAGUCAAGACCAAAGAUCACGGCUGCCUGUUUUACAGCCAUGGGCUUCAUCUUCAUGUCUAUGAGCCUGACGUUCAUCAUCAUCGACUGGACGACCGGAGAGAAACGAGCUGGAGGUGGCCAUUAGAGCACAUCUGUUGACAUAUGGGUCCAAAUGCCACACAGCAGCAUGCCCUGUCACCGUGCCACUUCUUGAUCACGUCUGGAUUGUGAGAAGGAUCAAACACGGUCGAAAGGCUGGACCCACAUCAUCAUGAGUCUUACCAUACCUGCGUCAUGGUAAGAUCGUUUCCCCACCAAUUCACAUCAAAAGGACAUGCUACUCUUCCAUGGAGGCUGGUCUUUGAGGAACCCAGUGAUGUCACUUUCUUUAUGGAAGACGUUCUAGUCAGAGAUGUCACCCAGACAGUGUCAGAGGUGCUGAUGAGGGUGUUGCCCAUGGAAACCCCUAAACCACUACUUGCUGCGUGUGUCAAAAGCCAUUAAGCUAGUACCUCGAAUGAAGAGCAUCUGGUGUAAAACAAAAGUGACAGAGAUAGAAGAAGAUGGGAGGGGUUAAUUUUCUCUAUACAAAGAGACUGGAUCUCUUUAACUGUCAGGCUUCCCUCCCUACCCAACUGCCAAACAAUUCACCCCACUGUUGUUUCUUGAUCAAAUAUCAACGGUGGUUUAAUCAACCAGCUUUAAGGAGAAGAGAAGAAAAUGUUAUUCUACAAUGGAUUUACUUUUAUGUCAUUACACUAUCCGUAGAUUUGUUUAUUGAAUGUAAUUUCAGCUAUAUUUCUCUAGGUAUUUGACUGGUAGUGUACAGUUUUUCUCAGUAGCUGCAGAACAUUUGAAAACAAAAUGAGCCACUAAUGAUAAAUCCAUCACUUUUCAGCAUGGUCUAACUAUUUAAAUUUGACCAUGUUGCUUGAUGCCAAGUAAUGCAUUUACUCACCUUUUUCAGUUAUCAAAUCAAAGUUUAUUGUUCACGAACACAGUUUUGCAGAUGUUAUCACAGGUGCAGUGAAAUGCUUAUGCUUCUAGCUCCAACUAUGCAGCCAUAUCUAGCAGAACAAUAACCAGAGGUGUGUGCCCUCUCAGAUUUGUCCUGUUUAAAAAUGUUGUUGUUUUUUGUAAUACUACCAGCCACUUAGCAAUUUUAUUGGCUUUAGCUAGCCCAUAUAGGUUCCCCAUGUCCUAAAGUUAUAACUAGCUAGUUAGAUUAGCUAGCUUGUCUAAAUAGCCUAACUGGUAUGCCUGCUGGCAAGGUUGGUAGACUU